AUGGCGUCGUUCGACAGUAGUCCAGUUGUUGUGAUCGCCGUGGACGGCAGUGAGCACUCCGUCUAUGCCUUUGACUGGUACCUGGAACAUUUCCACAAGGAAGAGAUGAGUCUGGUACUGGUGCACGUGCCUGACACCUUCGCUAAUGUCACCAUGAUGAGUCCCGGGAAGGUGCAGGAGGUCCUGAAGGAAUGCGAAGCAAAGAUACAAUGUAUGAAGGAGAUGUACAUGGAGAAGAUGAAGGCAGAAGGGAUUGAAGGAGAGUUCAUCCGUAUUGACGCUGAGAAACCUGGACAAGCAAUCGUAGACUGCGCUAUUGAAAACAACGCCUGCUUUAUUGUCACUGGUACUCGGGGUCAAGGCAAGGUCAGACGAACCAUCCUGGGAAGCGUCAGCGACUACAUCAUCCACCACUCCCCGGUGCCCGUUCUGGUCUGCAGGCACAAGUCUUCCUCGGAGAAGGAGUCCAAGGAGAAGAAGCACGAUAAAGAGAGAAAAGAUAAAGACAAGAAGAAUCAUAAAGAUAAGAACAGUAAAGAAAGGGAACAUAAAGAUGGCGAUCAGAAGGAUAAGGAAUAG